AUGCUUUACAAUAGAAGACAAAUUCCAUGUUUAAAGGCAUGCGCACCGGCUUCACACCGCACAGAAAUUUUACCAUCAAAGCAAACAAGGUUGAAAAUGCUCUCAUGUAAAAAUUAUCCUCUUUACCUCAUUAUCUAUAAAUAG